AUGGAAUACUCGCUCGCCAAUCCUCCCAAGGCUCGCUGGGAGAUGGAUGCCAGACACGCAGACGGCAUGUCCCUACCGCCUUGGACUCGAGAUGAGAGCGACCACGAGGAUUACAAUGUUGCCGUCAUGAACGACGUCGCGAGGAGGAACAGGCGCAAGAUUCGACGCAGGACUAAGCGGGACGAGACCCAGGAACCGCCAACGAACCCCAACGUCCAACUUUCCCCUCCAUCGUCAAAAUCCGCCAUCCGAAAACGACAGAGAUACGACAUGCCCGGCAAUUCUCUGAGAGAAUCCACCGUUGAAAGCUAUUCUCAGACCGCGACCGAGGUUGCAUCUGCGACGGCCAGUGGAUAUCCCAAGGAGACGGAAAGCUACGCUUCUACCAAGACGGCUGAGCCGACGACCUCUAGCCAAUAUGCUACCAAGACGACUGCGCCGACGACCACUAGCCAAUAUGCUACCAAGACGGCCUCCAAGUCCAAGACAGCGUCUCCGACUGCCGACAGCACUGCCAAUGGGGAUCCGUAUGAGAGUGAGAGUGACAGUGAGAGCGACGGCCUCAGCGACAGUGCCAGCGACAGUGAUUAUGAUGAGGCUCAGAACGAGACAGUUUCGUCAGUACCCUCCUCAUCGGCGGAUGCGGCUCUUAGCGGGUCUCGACAGGCGGAGUUGCUUGGGGACCCAGAUGGCGGCCUACACUCUGACGUCCAUAAAAUCCUGCUCGCGGUCGGAUCUAUCGUCGGCUUCAUCCUUAUCAUCAGCGUAUGCCUGAUUGCUUGGAAGUUGCGCAACAGGACCCGACACCGGAAAGCUCCUGUGGACGACAUGGCCUUCCACAAACCCAACCGCAUCGACAAGAUACUCGCCAAGGUGCCUUUUAUCAGGACUCGUCUCCCUAACCGCGAGUGGUACACUAUCGAAGACCCGUCAAAGUAUAGCUAUGAAAAGUCGCAAGCCACAAAGCCCCCGAGAUUCGCCUCGCGCCGUAUAGAGUCACAAUUCUUCGCCCCGAAUACGCCCGUAGGAGUAUACACCUCGCCGAGGAUGGGAUCAAGAUCGAAAUUCUCCACCGCCGACACACUCAGCCCCAUGAGCACUACGUUUGUUGAAAGCAAGGCGGUGCAAGCUCAGGUUGUGUCUGGACAAACCGCGAAGCAGGUCCGGCUAUCUGUUCAGGCAAAGCCAAUGCCAACUACUCCGAGAUACACCUACAGCCAGUCCAAACGUCAAACGGGAGUCAGUACACUGUCAUCUAUCUCCUCCGGAUUCGGCGACGGAGACAUCAUAAUUACACCGGAAAACACAGUCAGCACAGUAAACACGUCCACCAUGCCAUCCCUCCCCACAGCCGUGGCUGAUCCCUCUCGGCAAUCCUCUAUUCGCUCACCCGUGGCCUCUCGGCGAUCAUCCAUGCGUUCGUCCGGAAGGGACCCCCGACGAGACACACAAAUGACCUCAAUGACAGAUGUGACGUUGGAUGGGCGGCCGCGGUUUCACAGCGUCAACUCGUGGGUGAAGCAGCAGUCAGGACAUUUGCGCCGAGCGCAAAACGGAGUUGAUGGCGAUGCGCCUCCCGUGCCCAUGCUGCCACCGCCGGAGCAGGAGUUGCGGUUGAUGAUGCCAGAUGGAGAGGAACCGCGGCGGGUGGAUAUGCGAUGA